AUGCUGUCAGCCCAAAAGAUACUAACGUGCAUAUCUCCGACUCCUUUUGCUAGCGCAAAAUGUCCCUUGCACCACCCUUUUACGUUUUGGCUGGGCAGGUACCCAGAUCCUUUGCCAUUUUGCAAAGGGACACCACCUGGCCACAAUUCAGUCUUGCCAAAUGUUAAAGGUAAUGCAUGCCUAAUGAACCGAGAUACUUUAAAUAAUCCAUCGCUACGUGAUUUAAUGCUCUGGUGAACAGAUCACUUUUAUCUUGAUAACCUAAUCAAAGCAGUACUUUUUUAAUAAAAAAACAAAACAAAAAACCAGGCAUUGUGUAUUGAGAAAGUUGGGAGUGUCACAGAAAAUGAGAGUUUAUGAUGCCUGCUAGCAGAAGGAAAGGAGAUGUGGGUGGAGUCAGGAAUUUGCCAGGAUGGACUCAUUGUAAUCGUCAUGGCGUUUUUUAGAGGAACUGUGAAACUUUUAGAUGAACUGUAAAACUUUCCGCUCUGAGCUGGCUUUCAGUGGCCAAGGUUAAGUAACUUGGGUGGUCAUUUUCAUUUGACUGGUGCGUGUGUUUUAACUCUUCCCUGUUUAUAGGUGGGGUAGGCAGUUCUGCAAUGGUUCCAUAUGUUGCACACCACUCUGAUCUCUGAGCAGUGCGAGAUGAAAGGAGCUUAACCCAGGGCUCGUGUCUCCUUUGGAAUAAGGCACAGUGGAGCCUUGUGUCUGUACGAUAUAUGGUUUAUUUGCACAUAUAUACAACCUGGCACUGUGGGUUAAACCACAGAGCCUAGGACUUGCCAAUCAGAAGGUCGGCGGUUCGAAUCCCCGCAACGGGGUGAGCUCCUGUUGCUCGGUCCCUGCUCCUGCCAACCUAGCAGUUCGAAAGCACGUCAAAGUGCAAGUAGAUAAAUAGGUACCACUCUGGUGGGAAGGUAAACGGCAUUUACGUGCGCUGCUCUGGUUCGCCAGAAGUGGCUUAGUCAUGCUGGCCACAUGACCCAGAAGCUGUACGCCGGCUCCCUUGGCCAGUAAAUCGAGACGAGCACCGCAACCCCUGGGUCAUCCACGACUGGACCUAAUGCUCAGGGGUCCCUUUACCUUUACCUUACAACCUGAGCCAAUAAUAAUAAUAAUAAUAAUAAUAAUAAUAAUAAUUUAUUAUUUGUACCCUGCCCAUCUGGCUGGGUUUCCCCAGCCACUCUGGGCGGCUUCCACAAAGACCAAAAAUACACUAAGAUGUCACACAUUAAAAACUUCCCUGAACAAGGCUGCCUUCAGAUGUCUUCUGAAAGUCUGGUAGUUGUUGUUCUCUUUGACAUCUGGUGGGAGGGUGUUCCACAGGGCGGGUGCCACUACCGAGAAGGCCCUCUGCCUGGUUCCCUGUAACUUGGCUUCUCGCAGUGAGGGAACCACCAAAAGGCCCUCGGCGCUGGACCUCAGCGUCCGGGCAGAACGAUGGGGGUGGAGACGCUCCUUCAGGUAUACUGGGCCGAGGCCUUUUAGGGCUUUAAAGGUCAACACCAACACUUUGGAGGGGUUCACAGCAUUAACACCUCAAGAAUAACUUAUUUCUUCCAUACCCACAGCCUUGGAUUCCAGAAGAAAUCAGGCAUGUCUCUGUCUCUCAGCUGCCCAGUCUGCUGCUUCCUGCUUCUGGUUUCCAGCUCACAAAACUAAACUCUGUUAGUCUUUCCAACAAACAGACAGACUGUGUCCAACUAACCAAAUGUGCCCAUUUACCCUCUGGCACAGAACCACUUCCUUUGUUACCUUAAAGAUCCAUACUUAGUGGGCCAUUACCAGGCUGGCCCGUCUAUUCCAGCAAUUGAAUCCGAGCUGGAUCUGGGAAUUAGAAGGGCGGCUCAGGCAUACAGUCUGCCCCCUCUUAACGCAUAACACUUCCUCUCCACAAAAGAACAAGGCAUCUGUCCCCAGAUGUACAAACAAACAGUGGACUAUAGCUUCCCUGUAGAAAAAUAAUCAAGGCAUUAGAACACACAUCCUCAAAAAGUCAUAACACAUACAUGGGCCAUAGCUGUCAACCGUCCCUUAUUUGGCGGGAAACUCCCUUAUCCCAGCGCCGUGUCCCACUGCUGUCCCUUAUUGAUGAUGUCCCUUAAAUUUCCCGGGUUUCAAAGGCCAGGGAGGAGGGAGGCUCCAACUGUGUUGCUUGGCUGCCUGGCCCGCCCCCCUCCAGCCUCCUCUCCGGCCUCGGCCCCCGGGAGCCCCUCCCCGCCGGGACUGAGGAGCCUUGAGAGGAGAGUGACCAUAGAGAAAGCAGUUGAGAGAGAGGAGGCAGAGGCGGGGGCAGGUGUUCCAAGGGCUAACCAUAGAGGAGGAAAACGGAGGAAGGACCGUAAGCACUUCUCCCAUAGAUUUGUAGUAGUAGACUAGCAUAGAUGGUCUGAUCUGCAGGUUUACUUCGGGCGCUAUUUCCACUGUCACGGCUAAAAUGGCCGCUGUUUCUUUAAUGCGAAUAAAGCUGGGUCAGCAUAACUCAGCGGCCUGCAGCAGGUUGUAUAUAUAAAGUGAGAAAUGUUAGUUUGUGCUGAGGCUGGUGUUUGGGUUGGUUGGUUGGUUAGUGCUGGUGUUUACAGUAUAGUUAUUCAGUCGUGUUUUUGCACAAAGACUUUUAAGAAUAAAACUCUGCAAGGAUAUUCUCGUGGACUCUCUUUGUGCCGACAAGGGUCCGAGGACCAGGCUGAGGAGACAAAGGGAGGUCAGAACCCUUUUCCUCCUUUUUUGCUUUUUACAAACACUGACAUCCACACACACCCCUCUUCCUCCCGCCCCGCCUGACGGAACUGAGAGCUGCAGAUGGAGCACGGGAGAAAAGAUACAGAACUGCAGCAGCAUCUUCGUAGCUUGGACUUCGUUUUGCGUGAAAAGUGGUUGCUGCUUGUAGUUAUUUAAUUGCAGUGUUUCAUCAGCUGGUGUCUUCAGCAGCAACCUCUGGAAAUGAAGGGCUAAAAACCGGCGCUGCUCUCCAAAAUUAUCUGGUCCCUUUUAAUUUCGUAUUUCAGCUGGUUGACUAAAAUCCCUUAUUUUGGCUGCUGAUCCCUUAUUUUCAAGGCUGCUGGUUCCUUAUUUUCAAAUCUGUAAGUUGACAGCUAUGACAUGGGCUGGAGCCUUGAGUGAGAGCAAGAAAAUGAUGUGCCAAACUUUCAGGGUGAUACACACAUAAAGGGAUAACCCUCCACUGCUCAUGCAGGAUUUGUGUUUCCUUUUGGGAAUGAGGCACAGCAGAGGCUAUAGUGUCUAUGAUAUACAGUGGUGCCUUGGUUCUCAAAUGCUUUGGUUCUCAAACUCGGAAAACCCGGAAGUAAGUGUUCCGGUUUUCGAACGUUUUUUGGAAGCUGAACAUCCAAUGCGGCUGUCGGCUAUUGUUUCCGGGGCACCUGCACCAAGCAGAGAAGCUGCGCCUUGCUUUUUGAACAUUUCGGAAGUCAAAUGGACUUCUGGAACUGAUUAAGUUUGGCGCUUUUGUUUUUGCUAUUUAUUUUGCGUUUUUGUUUUUGAGGCUUUUUUGAUUAAUUUGUUUUUGUGACUGUGUGGAACCCAGUUUAGCUACUGAUUGAUUGAUUGAUUGAUUGAUUGUGUUAUUGUGGAAAUGGAUAAAAGCCACCCAUCCAAACAAUGACUAUCAUCAGUGCAGGUAAGAAAAAAAUUAAUUUAAAUUUUUAUCAUCUACAAUACUGUCUUAUUUAUUUUAUAGUGCAGUACAUUGAUUAUUGCUUUCAUUUUAUGGAUCGAUGGUCUCAUUACAUAGUAAAAUUCAUGUUAAAUUGCUGUUUUAGGGGUUUUUUUUAAAAGUCUGGAAUGGAUUAAUUUGUUUUGCAUUACUUUUUAUGGGAAAGCGCACCUUGGUUUUGGAACGCUUUGGUUUUGGAGUGGCCUUCCGGAAUGGAUUAAGUUUGAGAACCAAGGUACCAACUGUAUGGUUUAUUUGCACUUAUAUACAACCAGAGCCUACGAUGGAGGGGUUUCACAACAUCGACACCCCGAAAGGGUAUUGUUUCUCGCAUAGCCACAGCCUUUGAUGUAAGCAGAGACCUGGGACAGUCUCUUUCUCUGCUUGUUUCUAGGUCACAUCACAGCAAAACUCAACUCUAUACUUCAAACUAAGAGUUGAAGUACGGGCCCCACUUAUUUUCAUCUAGCACAGAUUCCCCUUUCCUUUGUUCUCUUAAUACCCAGGUCAUCACCUCAACAGGAAGCUAACUUGGCUUGAUUAGCUUUUCACCCUUGCUGUAUCCAGGGAUUAGAGGUGUCCAGCACCUACAAACUCAUAACAACACAUUUUUAUUGCGUAUAGCAGUGUUUCCCAAACUUGGGUCUCCAGCUGUUUUUGAACUACAGUUCCCAUCAUUCCUGGCCACUGAUCCUCCUAGCUAGGGAUGCUGGGAGUUGUAGUCCAAAAGCAGCUGGAGACCCAAGUCUGGGAAACACUGGCUUAUAGUCUAAUAAUGAUUUAUUGAAACUGUUGGGAGGGAUUUUCAGCAAGAUCUGGAGGGUCAACAGUUCCCGACACCUGAUUUUGCCCAAUAACUUCUGCAUUCAUAUGCAGCUGUUCUCCAGGAUUCCAAACUGGUCUACCUGGAAAGGUAGAUAGUUCAAUGCUAGGGGUAGGGGUUCAAUGCGCUAAGAGUAUGCUCUGCCACACUUUAUGUGCACAUGUGCUUUGCCACCAAGAUAGGCUUCCUCCCUGGACUUUCUCAGAUGGAAUAGUAUUGUCCAAUGCAAGUUCAGGGAUAAUAUACUGUUACAAGAUGGAUCCCAAUCUUUCUCCUUCUUCCCAGAACACCUUGCAAAACACUUCCCUGCCACCCCAAACCAGUGCCAGAUUUACGUAUAAGCCAAACAAGCUAUAGCUUAGGGCCCCACUCUCUUGGGGGCCCAAAAAAAACUUUAAAGAAGAAAACCCUGGAUGUACAUUUCCAAAAUAUAAGAUAAAAAACAAAUAAAAUAAAACCUACAUACAGCAACAGUGUUUUGUGUUGUGUAGACUCCUACGAUGUAAGUCAUGGGCCCCACCUGCUCCGUAAAAUAUCACUGGUUUGCUCCUUUCUAAAUAUCACUGGUUUGCUCCUUUCUAUAUAUAUAUAGGGUGCCUACAUUCUGCAUGGACUGGUUGCAUGGCAACAUGCACAAAUGGCUUUAGAUACCUCUUAGGUCCAUAAAUUACCAUAUAGCAUAUAUUUCCACACAAGAAACAGCGACAAUUUGUUGUUGACAAAGGACAGCUGGACAUCUAAAGGGCCCCAUUACCUUUAGUAGCUUAGGGCCUCAUCAAACCUAAAUCCGGCCCUGCCCCAAACACACACCCCAUCAGCUUGGCACCGUCUUUCUCCCCAGGCCAAAGGAUUCCUCUCAGAUGGCCCGUGAAUUUCGUGGGGGGGGUUUUAGCAAGAGACUAACAGGGCUGCCAUCUCUGGAAUUGCAAAAUGUUGUAUUUCAGGCUGUGAUGUGACCAUUGGCCAGUAGGCGGCGCUGUUGGGUCAAAUUGCAUUGCAACAGCUUUAAGUACAGGAGAGGAACACUGUUCACAGAUUAGCGAGAGAAUUUCCAAAGAAAUGUGGGGAGCUGACCCCCAUGUACCCCAAAAGGAACCAUAGCUGUCAACCUUCCCUUUUUUGCGGGAAAUUCCCUUAUUCCAGUGCCGUUUCCCGCUGCUAUCCCGGAUUGUUAGAUAUCCCAUGGACUGAUUCCUUAUUUUCAAAUCUGAAAGUUGACAGCUAUGAAAUGAACAUGCAUGCCUUGCGUGCUGGAAAAAUGUCUUUGUCGGAUAUCUAGCAGAAUAUUUCCACCUGAAGCAGGUGUGCCAACUCUAGGGGACGGAGGUGUCUUCAGCCCCCUCAAUAUUAGACUGCAGGGUCUGGCGCCAGGGUUUAAAUGAAAUGAAAUGAAAAAUAAGAUUGCGGGUUUGAGUUGUGUCUGGAUGAACUGAGGAGUCUUUGCCCCCCAAUAAAAUAUUUGAGGUGGUUGGAGAGCCCCCCAAGUAUUGCCAUUAAAAUGGUGUGCGUGCACCGCGUCCUGUGAUUGAAUGUGUGGGGCGGGACUUACACCACGCCCCUCCAUAUUUUAUUCAAGUUGGCACCCCUGGGCAUGCCUGAGGUCCUUUGCACAUGCUCAGGAGCAUUAUCUCACUGAUUUUUCAUGACUACUCUUCAUCUAUCCCUUGAUCACUCCUUUUCCCGCACUGAAAAAAACUUGCCUCCUUGCCUGAGGAAACUGGAGAGGAUAAAUAUAUUCAUUCCUCUUACAGGAGCGGAACAAAAACACUGCCUAAUAUAUGGGAUAGCAAUCAUCAUUCGGUGACGACGGGGAAGCACUCUGCACAUGCCCCAUGGCACUUCUGUAUUGCUCCGGCUUGCAGAGGGGAACAGAACUUUCCUCAAGCAGGAUUUAAAAGCUCAAGGAGAUCUCCACUGGCUCAGGAGAAAGUCUUAACACCCUUUUAUGCCACAACUGGCAACCUGGAUGCCUCUGGAAAGGUUGCAAACAAGCCACAAAGGCAACAGCCGGCCCCUGUUGCUUGCCCUCUACCCUCUGACACUGAAAUAGAUGCUGUUCCUGAACAUGGAGGCUCUAUUUAGCUGUCGUUUAUUUAGCUACUUAUUUAAAGCACAGAUACGCUGCCUUCCCAAGGCAACAAACAUAAAAAAGACAUAAAAGCCUAGGACCCAGGUACUUAUGGGACCGCCUCUCCUGGUAUGCCCCACAGAGGACCUUAAGGUCCACAAAUGACAACAUUUUGGAGGUCCCAGGUCGCAAGGUGGUUAGACUGGUCUCAACUAGGGCCAGGGCCUUUUCAGUACUGGCCCCGACUUGGUGGAACGCUCUGUCACAAGAGACUCCCUGGAAAAGACCCUGAUGUUGGGAAAGAUGGAGGGCACAAGGAGAAGGGGACGACAGAGGACGAGAUGGUGGGACAGGUUUGACCAAACCGCGGGAGGCAGUGGAAGACAGGAGUGCCUGGCGUGCUCUGGUCCAUGGGGUCACGAAGAGUCGGACACGACUAAACAACAACAACAGAACCUACUGGCAUCCUGUCUCACGCCGAACAUAACACAAAUCAAACCAAUCCUGGCGGGCGGGCGGAAGGGGAUCAGGGGGUGGAGUUUCCAAGUCAGCCUUUUUCUCCCAGCGCUUAUUCCCAGCGCCAGCUCCGAGCGGGAAUAGCAGCAGCAGCCGCCGCCGCGUCCCGUCGAGUCCUCCCCGCGAUGUCGCGUCUCGCCUCCGCGCCGCCUUGCCUCCUCCUGCUGGCCGCCUGCUGCUGCUCCGCGUCCCUGGGCGAGCCCUCGCCCUCCGCCGGCUGCCCGCCGUGCGCCCCGUCCUCCGAGUGCCCGCCGCUGCCGGCCCGGGGCUGCCCUCUGGGCAAGGUCCGCGACGGCUGCGGCUGCUGCUGGCAGUGCGCGCGGGGCGAGGGCGAGGCGUGCGGCGCCGGGUCUCCGUCGGCCGGGCCCGCCGGGGCUGGGGCCGCUGCGCCACCGGCCUGGAGUGCCGCCGUCGGCGCAAGGGCCAGCCGGGCGUGUGCGCCUGCAAGAGCCGCUACCCGGUGUGCGGCAGCGACGGGCUCACCUACCCCAGCGGCUGCCAGCUGCGGGCGGCCAGCUUGCGCGCCCAGAGCCGCGGCGGGCGCCCCGUCGAGCAGCGCAGCAAGGGGCCUUGCGAGCAAGGUAGGGGGCGCCGCUUGCGACGGGAGCUUGGGACAUGGAUUUAUGGGGGGGGGCAGCCUUUAUGUUAGGGGGCAGAACAGUUAUUUGCAAUGCAAUUGGUUACUUUUUAUUAUUAUUUACUCGAUGGGGCGGGCAGCUGCCCCCUGCACCCCCGGCUACGCCCAUGGCUUGGGAGGAAGCGGGUGGGGAACAGCUUUGGGUGGAUCCCAUCAACGGACCGUUGAGUCCCGUAUCAAAAGCUUGCUCCUCCGGCCAGCCAGAUGUCUGUAAGAAGCCCCCGAGCAGGACCUGUGAUUCCCAGCAAAUCAAGGGUGCCAACCCGAGUUGAAUAAAACAUUGUGGGUCAGGUAAGCCCAGCCUCGCAUCAUCAUAAAAUACGCACACAAACCAUUGGAAUGCCCCUUUCACUUACACACAGAUGGGCUUCAUCCCCCAGAGGCAUGACCACAGUGGUACCUCGGGUUAAGAACUUAAUUCGUUCUGAAGGUCCGUUCUUAACCCAAAACUGUUCGUAACCUGAAGCACCACUUUAGCUAAUGGGGCCUCCCGCUGCCACCUCGUGAUUUCUGUUCUCACCCUGAAGUAAAGUUCUUAACCCGAGGUACUAUUUCUGGGUUAGUGGAGUCUGUAACCUGAAGCGUCUGUAAACCGAGGUACCACUGUACUUCAGCCAAUGAUAUGGAACUAAACAUGGGUCUGUGGGGAGGGUGCUCAGGGUUUGCUCAGUAGACUCCCAGGACAUGUAAAUGGUAGGUGAGAGAACCUGUUGCUUAGUCGGCUUUCAAAAUAAAAUUUCAGGUGCUUGGGUAAUGCUGGAUGACAAUUUAAACUUUAUUUAUUGUUAUUUUUAAAAAAUAAAAACGUCUCAUAACUAAAAAUUUGUGAACCGCCCAGGUAUAGGGCAUUGUAUAAAUUCUACUACUACUACUACUACAGUGGUACCUGGGGUUACAUACGCUUCAGGUUACACACUCCGCUAACCCAGAAAUAAUGCUUCAGGUUAAGAACUUUGCUUCAGGAUAAGAACAGAAAUUGGGCUCCGGCGGUGCGGUGGCAGCAGGAGGCCCCAUUAGCUAAAGUGGUGCUUCAGGUUGAAACCAGUUUCAGGUUAAGAACAGACCUCCGGAACGAAUUAAGUACUUAACCUGAGGUACCACUGUACUACUAAUUCCAUCAAGUUGAGGGAGGGGUGGCCCCCUCAAAUAUUUUAUGGGGGGCAAAGGGACCUCAGCCCCUAGGAGUUAGCUCCUAUGCUACAACUAGAGGUUGGAUGGCCAUCUGACAUGGAUGCUUUAGUUGAGAUUCCUGCAUCGCAGGGGGGUUGGACUAGAUGACCCUUGGGUCCCUUCCGACUCUACAAUUCUGUGAUUCUAACAGGCAAUCGCAGGCAUACUGCCUCCAACCCUGACGACAGCCAGGUACCUUCCAUGAGUUUGGGGGGAGGAGCCAAGAUGGCGCCGUUAGAGGAAGCAUUGAUUUGAGCUCCGCGUUAGUUGUGCGGUUUUUAUUAGUUUGUAUUAGUUUUUACUAGUUUUAUCAACUUUUUAUUAACUUUUACCAGUUUUAGUUUAUCGCUUGGUGUCUUUUUCUUAGUUAUUUUAAUCACAAAGUUUAAGCCAUGAGUUUGCCUAGUUCUCUUUUAAAGCAGUCCCAUUGGGUGAAAGACACACAUCCCAAGUGUUAAGUCUUAAUUUUAAAACUCAGCCCCUCUGAACUUGGUAGGGUUUACUUCUGAAGAAACAUGAAUAGGUUUGGGCUGUAUGGUAGCUACAGUGUCGUAUCUGCAAAUAAGCCCCAUUGAGCUGGGUUGGGUAAGAAUAAAGGUAAAGGGACCCCUGACCAUUAGGUCCAGUCAUGGCCGACUCUGGGGUUGCAGCGCUCAUCUCUCUUUAUUGGCCGAGGGAGCCGGCGUACAGCUUCCGGGUCAUGUGGCCAGCAUGAUUAAGCCGCUUCUGGCGAACCAGAGCAGCGCACGGAAACGCCGUUUACCUUCCCGCCAGAGCGGUACCUAUUUAUCUACUUGCACUUUGACGUUCUUUCAAACUGCUAGGUUGGCAGGAGCAGAGACCGAGCAACGGGAGCUCACCCCGUCGCGGGGAUUCAAACUGCCAACCUUCUGAUUGGCAAGUCCUAGGCUCUGGUUUAACCCACAGCUGAAUUAUGACUGUGUAUUGCACUUCCAGCAAUGAACUUCGGGCAAAUGGGAAGGGGAAAUGACUUGCCCAGGAUCACCCACUGAGUUUCAUGGCUUUGAAUCAGGCUGUAAUCCUAUAAACAUACCUGGGAAUAAGUUCAUUGUUACUUCUGCAAGGUCUGCCAUUGUGGGCUCCCCUUAAAAAUAAUCCGGUGACUGCCAUUCAGCACUGGGCCCCAGCUGGUACCAGUUUAUUUUCCCAUGAUGCCCCAGGGUGAUGUGCUUAUUAUUAUUAUUACUAUUAUUGGAAAUUCGAAGGGUGGCUUACUGGUUGCUGAUUCAGAAGGCAAAGACAGACAGAUGCUCGUGAAGAGAGAUGCUAUGUGUGUUGCUUUUGUACUCCUUGCCUCUACACCCUUUUAUUUAUGUUGUAUACUGCCGGCAUGUCCAACAGGUAAAUUGUGAUCUACUGAUAAAUCACUGGACGUCUGUGGUAGAUCACUGGUAGAUCACUGGCUCCCCACCCUAAAAAAAGCUCAGCAUGACCUGAACCCCCCCAAAAGGGGGUAGAUCACAGCCAGUUUUUAACUCUGUGAAUAGAUUGCAGUCUCUUGGGAAUUGGCCACCCCUGUUGUAGAGGAACGGACCACCCCUCUUUCUAUGGCCAGGCCUGCCUUUAAGCCCUCCUUUGCUUCUCCAGCCCUCUGAGCAGAGGUGGUGCAGGCGCCAUACUCUGCCAAGCUGUUUUUCCCAGAACGCUGUUGGGGGGGAGAGCACUCGAUUUGUUUGUUUUCGGUCUGAGGCCAGUGUGGGAGCCUUGGAAAGGAGCCCCGUUCUUAGUUUCUCAGCGAUGGGCUGCAGUUGCUUGGCAGUGCGAGGAAGCUGCAAGCUCCCUUCCUUUAUAAAGUAACGCGACGUCAGGUCUGCUUCUUUAAAGCAGAGUGUGGCCAUAGAUGGGAGGAAGUGGGGAUAAAUGGAUCUGGGUAAAGGAGGCAGAGUGGGGGGGGUGUGGGGAGGCUCCAAGACCAACCUGGCUGUUGCCUCAGUUACAUCGUGAUUGGCUUAUUGCCAUGCGCUGUUCAGGGAGCUAAGUUUGCAGAGUCACCAGAUGCUUCAAUUGGUCCAGCAUAUUAUACCCUCCAACAUUUCUCCAAUGAAAAUAGGACAUCCUAUUCAAUAUUAUUAUUAUUAUUAUUAUUAUUAUUAUUAGGCUGGGGAAACCCAGACAGAUGGGCAGGGUAUAAAUAAAUAAAUUAUUAUUAUUAUUAUUAUUAUUAUUAUUAUUAUUAUAUCACUACUACUACUUAUACCCCGCCUAUCUGACUGGGUUGCCCCAGCCACUCUGGGCAGCUUCCAACAUAUAUAAAAACAUAAUAAAACAUUAAACAUUUUUUUUAAAAAAACCUUCCACAUACAGGGCUGCCUUCAGAUGUCUUCUUUUUUUCAAUGUUUUUAUUAGCAAUUUCAACAUAACAACAUAUCAAAACAUAUCAUAUUCAUUAUUUUUCCCCUUCCCCCCCUCAAACCCUCCCUCCCCCCGAUACUUCCUUCAGCUCCUCUCUCUGAUUUCUCAACCCAUAUUAUUCUCUGCAUGUUAUAAAAUUAUACAGAUCCUCACAUCAUAUGUCUACCAUGUUAUGAAUCAAUAAAUUUGUGUAUGUUUAUUCAAAACCUGCCAUGGAGUCCAAUUCAUUUUGUUGUCUUUUUAAGUAAUUUGUGAAAAGUUCCCAUUCUUUUAUAAAGUCACAGUUGUCCCUGUCUCACAGUUUGUAUUUCAGUUUAGCCAAUUCUGCAUAGUUCAUCAAUUUCUCUUGCCACUGUUCUUUUGGCGGGGUUUCCUCAUUCUUCCAUCCUUGUGCUAUCAAGACUCUUGCCGCCGUUGUUGCAUACAUAAAUAAAUUCUUUGUUUUCCUUGGCAGGUCUUGCCCUACAAUCCCUAACAAAAAUGCUUCUGGUUUUUUAACAACUGUCCUUUUAAACAUUUUCUUCAAUUCAUGAUAUAUCAUUUCCCAGAAAUGUUUAACUUCUCUACAUUCCCACAACAUAUGAUACAGAUGUCUUCUAAAGGUUGUAUAGUUACUUAUCUCCUUGGUUCAAGUCACAUAACAUCUGUAUCCUCCAACAUUUCUCUGAUGAAAAUAGAGACGUCCUAAGGAAAAGUAAGACAUUCUGGGAUCAAAUCAGGAGCUGGGACAGCUUCUGUAAAUCUAGGACUGUCCCUGGACAAUAGGGGCACUUGGAGGGUUGGCAGGUCACUUCCAGGCACGCUUCAAACUACUGGCCCUUUUAAAGCCAUGCCAGGGAACGUUCUGGUCAAUCUUCCUUUUUUUAAAAAAAUAAUAUUAAAGUUUCAAAGGAAAAAAAAUAUAUAUCACAUUAAUAAAAAAAUUAACAAUAAAAAGGAAAAAUACAAAAUAGAAAAAACAGUUAAAAACAAUUCCAUCUUUUCCUCACUUCUUUUACGUUUACUUGUUUCCCAGACCUCCUCAUACCUCCCUCUUUUGUAUUCCAAUUCAAUUUGUUAAUCCAACAAUUCCUUUCCCUCCUUUUUAAUCCUAAUCCUUAGUCUUGAUAUAUUGUAACGUUAGAUUUUUACAUAUUAAAAGCCAAUUUUUCCAUGUUCUUUUGUACCUAUACAGCUAGAAACCACUUAACUUCAAUCCAACAUCAUUCUAACAUUCAUUAAUUUUGCAGUAUUUCUGUAAAUAGUCUUUAAAUUUCUUCCAAUCUUCUUCCACCGACUCUUCUCCCUGGUCACGGAUUCUGCCAGUCAUUUCUGCCAAUUCCAUAUAGUCCAUUAAUUUCAUCUGCCAUUCCUCCAGUGUGGGUAAAUCUUGUGUCUUCCAAUGCUUUGCAAUGAGUAUUCUUGCUGCUGUUGUAGCAUACAUAAAGAAAGUUCUGUCCUUUUUAACACCGAUUGGCCGACUAUGCCCAGGAGAAAGGCCUCUGGUUUCUUCAAGAAGGUAUAUUUAAAUACCUUUUUAGUUCAUUAUAUAUCAUCUCCCAGAAAGCCUUAAUCUUUGGGCACGUCCACCAAAGGUGAAAAAAUGUACCUUCAGUUUCUUUACAUUUCCAACAUUUAUUAUCAGGCGCAUGAUAGAUUUUUGCAAGCUUGACUGGGGUCAUAAUAUUUUCUCUUAAGGCAUUACAUGCCGUAAAUUUCAUACCUGUGGUCCACAACUGUUCCCAGUCAGCAAACAUAAUAUUAUGUCCAACAUCUUGUGCCCAUUUAAUCAUAGCAGAUUUCACCGUUUCAUCCUGAGUAUUCCAUUUCAACAGCAAGUUAUACAUCUUUGACAAAAUUUUAGUUUUGGGUUCUAACAAUUCUGUUUCUAAUUUUGAUUUUUCCACCUGGAAGCCGAUUUUCUUGUCCAAAUUGUAUGCCUCCAUUAUCUGAUAAUAAUGAAGCCAGUCUCGCACUUUGUUUUUAGUUUUUCAAAACUCUGCAGUUUCAAUCUAUCUCCAUCUUGUUCCAAAAUUUCCCAAUAUUUCGGCCAUUUGACCUCCAUAUUGAGCUUUUUCAAGGCUUUCGCUUCCAUCGGUGACAGCCACCUUGGGGUUUUAUUUUCCAAUAAAUCCUUAUAUCUUAUCCAAACAUUAAACAAUGCUUUCCUGACAAUAUGGUUUUUAAAUGCUUUAUGUGCUUUGACCUUAUCGUACCACAGAUAUGCAUGCCAUCCAAAUACAUUGUUAAAACCUUCCAAAUCCAAAAUGUCAGUGUUUUCAAGAAGCAGCCAUUCUUUCAACCAGCAAAAAGCUGCUGAUUCAUAAUAAAGUUUGAGGUCUGGCAGGGCAAAUCCACCUCUUUCCGUUCUGGUCAAUCUUCCAUUCUAGUAGUGGGCGGAGCUAGAUGGAAAAGUGGGUGGAGCAUAGGAUAUUAAGUUUUACCUUUGUAUAGUAGGCUAGUUUCUACACACUUGUACACCCUUCUCCGUCCAGGCAAGGGAGAGUCAUUAUGAGAGCUGAAGAGCACAUUCGAGACAGGCAAAAACAACUCGAGGGGUGUGUGGCCUGCAGAAAGUAUCAAGGGCCAGAUAGACAGACCUGGAGGGCCCUAUUGAGACCCCUGGAGGGUCAUAAACUGCCCUCCUCCUCUUUGAUCCUUUGAAAAGGGGAGGAAAGGCCUUUGCUGUCUCUCCCCACCAGUGGUACUGACGAGAGACAGGGCUUUGUCAGUGGCUGCACCGAUAUUGUAGAAGAUCAUGCCUCACAAGAUUCAGGUGACCCACUGUCUGAUGGUCUUCCGCCUGUGAGCGAAGACGUUUUCAUUCCAGCAGGCUUUUUUGCCUGGCCUGGUAGUUGAUGGAUUUAAAUCAUCACGUGGUGGUGGUGUUGCUGAUGUAUUUAUUAACUUAUAUACUGCUUAAUGCCAAAAUAGGCUUCUAAGCAGUUUACAAAGUAUAAAAACCAAAUUGCACAAACCAUUAAAAUAUAAAUAUCCAUAAUUAAAAUACCCACUAAAACAGUGCCAUUAAAACAAGACAGUCAAUUAAAAAUGGGAGAAUGUUUUACUUGUCUCUACUAUAUUUGGCAUUGUUGUUUGAUUAUGUUACUCUUAACCGUUGGAAGCCACCAUGAGCAAGGCACAUGCAUUAGAAUGUGUUGUGUAGAAAUUAUUGCAUGACUAAUUCUUGCAACAUUUCCCCUGCUGAGUUGGAGAUAUACUGCCUUUGAACAUGGACGUUUGAUUCAGCUGUUGUGAUUAAUGGUCGUGGACAGGCCCAUUCACCAUAAUUUUAUCUAAUCCUUUUUCAAAGCCCUUUAAGCUUGUGGCCUUCGCCACGUUGUGUGGCAGUAAAUUCCCUGACUGAAUUAUGUGUUGUGUGAAAGAGCACUUCUUUUUGUCCAUCCUUGAAUUCCAGCUGUCCAGCUGUCCUAGUUUUAAAAUGCCAAAAUAGCUGAUGUUCUUCCCAUGACUUGGUGCUAAUGAGGCUAACAGCAAAGGGAAAGCAGUUCUGCUAGCAAAACAUUCAUAAUAUCUGGAGGUUAAGCACUGCCAAAUUUUCAGAAUGGAAAGAUAAUAGAGCCUGCGGGAAUACAAACCAGCCUGAAUUACGGUAAGUUGCGCUCUUUCCCUAGGCAGAACCUGAUUUGACACCUCUGGUUUAUCUUCAUAUAUAUAUAUAUAUAUAUAUAUAUAUAUAUAUAUAUAUAUAUAGUCUUUUCUGUUUCCCCCUCCUGAGUUCACCCUACCUGCCUUGCUGUUCCCAGGACUUGUUUGGGAGUCUUUAAAAUGUCUGAUGUUCCAUUUAUCCAUUUCUGGAGGCAGAUUAAGGAGGCAGAAUUUGUACAAAAGUCACCAAGUUCACUUAUUUUAACAGUUGAGUUCUUUUUAGACUCCUUGGGCGAAUAUCAUCAGCACCAAACCAAUUUACUGGAACUGAUUUACUGAAGGCUCGUCUCACAUGUGGCCACUUGAUCAAUUAGAUCUGGGGAUCCAGCACUUUUACAAGUGCUGUAUAACAUUAAUUCCACACUUGCCAGAAAUCGAUAUUUUUAGUGUGGCAGAAUAUGAAGAUCUCCGGCACUCCCCCCUGAUUAAUAUUAGGCAAGUACCUAUGUUGUACUUACUGCUUUAUACGCCUGCUAAAACCUUCUUUGUUUAGGCAAGCCUUACCCAAGCGUGUAAUUUCGUUUUGUAUGUUUGUUCUUAAAACUGUUGACUUUAUCUAUAUUUUGAUAAAUGUCCACUGUUUUAAAGUUAGUUUUUAUUCUUUCUAAUAUUUUACACUCUAUUAUGUAAGAUAUUAUGUAAGACCAGAAGGUCGGCGGUUUGAAUCCCUGUGACGGGGUGAGUUCCCGUUGCUCGGUCCCUGCUCCUGCCCACCAAGCAAUUCAAAAGCACGUCAAAGUGCGCUUCUGUGCGCUGCUCUGGUUCGCCAGAAGCGGCUUAGUCAUGCUGGCCACAUGACCCGGAAGCUGUCUGCGGACAAACACUGGCUUCCUCGGCCUGUAGAGCGAGAUGAGCGUGCAACCCCAGAGUCGUCCGCGACUGGACCUAACGGUUAGGGGGUACCUUUACCUUUUUAUGUAAGAUGCUUUAGAUAUAUUUUUGGUAUAUAAAUCUUGCUAAAUAAAUAAACUGCUGAUUAAUUUGUGGAUCUAGAGACCUUUCAUCGUUUCUCCUUGGUGAUGUCUUCCGAUUUCCCCAUACCUUCUAUUAAUCUAGUUAGCCUUCUCAGCCCCAUGCACCAUGGGAGGGGGGGUAUUUCAGUGGUUGCAAUCCUAAGCAACACUCUUACAAGUUGUGACAUGAAUCCUGGCUCUUCGUUUGUCAUCAUAAAUAUAAAGGUAAAGGUAAAGGGACCCCUGACCAUUAGGUCCAGUCGUGGCCGACUCUGGGGUUGCGGUGCUCAUCUUGCUUUAUUGGCCGAGGGAGCCGGCGUACAGCUUCCGGGUCAUGUGGCCAGCAUGACUAAGACUCUUCUGGCGAACCAGAGCAGCGCACGGAAACGCUGUUUACCUUCCUGCCAGAGCAGUACCUAUUUAUCUACUUGCACUUUGACGUUCUUUCAAACUGCUAAAUGGGCAGGAGCAGGGACCGAGCAACGGGAGCUCACCCCAUCGCGGGGAUUCAAACCGCCGACCUUCUGAUCGGCAAGUCCUAGGCUCUGUGGUUUAACCCAAAGCGCCACCCGCGUCCCAUAGUCAUAAAUAUACUUAUUGGCAAAUGAGCUGCCUUGAAAUUAGAGGUGCUUUCAUCUGUGUAAAAGAAUGGCAUUGUUUCCCUCCAAGAAAGUUUGCUUAGGAAUGGGACUUAAAUGCAGUUGUUCGGAGAGGACCAUUAAUUUGUGGGGAAGCUGUCUAUAGAAAACAGGGCACGACGGCGGGAGCUUGUUGGCAUCCAUCUGUCACAGGAGACAAUGGAGGAGUGUGCCUUUGGGGUGAGGUCAAGCUGUUGGAAGGUUGCAACACCUGCUCUUGUUGUGGAGACUAGUGCAGGACAGAGAUGUUUUGCACCUGGGGCAGAUGAAGACAUCCGGUGGUGUUGUUGCCAUGGUGUUUCUUCUCUCCGCUCUCCUCCUAGUGGUCAUUUAUUCUCUGGUCACCGCUAUAGACUUCUCUUUGGUCUUCAUAGCUGAGGAAGCUGUGUUGAAGUGAAAUGUUCUGGAAGGCCUGCAGACGCGAUGUUGGUAGUUAAGAUAACCCCCAAAAUAAUUGGUUGUUGAUUGCAAGAAGGAGCUCAGAGAUGUUUAUGUUUCCUUGCUUUGAUAUAUGCUAAUGGGCUUGCUUUGAGGUUGUGCUUAUCUGUGGACCGUAGGAUGCUGGGCUCUUGGCCCAGGAAGGGAAGAAGUUUUGGAUAGCUACCACUUGUGACCUCACCAACAGUGUUCAAAACUCCCAUUUUGUGACAGGGAUUUUCAUUAGUGCGAGCAGUUUCUGAGCUCUGGGCACAGUACUGCGCUUAAGAUUUCAGAUUAAAACUGCAGAGUGGAAGGAAAGGAGGACCUUUUUCUGCCUCUCCACUUCCAUCUACUCUCUGAAGACUGGAGAAGAGACCCUCUUAAGAAUAUUAGGGGGUGGGCAGGGGAAGGACUAGACAGUGUGAGAAAUGAACCUAAUAUUUUAGAGGCAGUUCAUUCAUUUUUGGCUUUGUAUUUUUGUUAUUAAAAAAGCGCACCUAGACAUUCUGUUGUUGCGCCCAUAACCUAGGUUUAAGGUGCCAUUUAGCUCCUAUCUUUCAUAUCUCAGUUUCUAACACUGCUCACCAGCCAGUUGUGAUGGGAGGUUCUGGGCAGUGGGACAGGCUGCUUUGUGCAUAAAGGAUGUAUGAGCGUUUGACUGGGCGCAGACAAGUCACGCCAGCCUUUCACUGUUGCAGUGUAUGCGCAGGGUAUGCAAAGGCAGCAAGGCCCUGCUUUCUUUAAUAAAGCACUAGAAGUGCCCAUUCUGGUGUUUUUGACAUCUUUCUUUGGUAUCCCUGCAUCAAACCACUCACUCAGGCCUGCCUUUGGUUCAGAGCAGAAGAGCACAUCAACUUGCGAUACAGAAUCCAGCCAUUCGUGUGAGAUGUUAUCGCAAUAAUUCUCAAACCAUGUGUGAGUGAUGUGCAGUUGCACGUUGCUCAGGGUUGCCAGCCAACCCAUGCAAUGUGUACCCAAGACACAUUGUUCUUCACUGUUCUAGCAGUUUAUUCCCAAGCCUGUUUUGUUUUUGUUUUGUUUUUCUGUUUUAGGCAACUUUGGUUGAUUAUCCUUUCCCCCCACAUUUGCCUAAUACACAAAAAAUAGUGUGCAUGUGGAUAUUUCAUCCUUGGAAGGAUAGAAUUUAUCUCAAUGACCAUUUAUUCUGAUCUCUGCAGUGGAAAGAACUAUCUACAGUUCAUGGCAGGUUAGACAUUUGUGUGCAGUGAAAGCCCAGAGGGUCAGGCAAAGUUCUCCUUUCAAGGGUCCAGUUAAAAAGAUAUUUUGGAACUUCUGUCGCUGUGCAUAUUUUCCACAGGAAGUGUGGCAAAUGGGACUGCACAGGCCCUCUUUUUGUGAGAGAUUGCUUGCUUGCUUUAUAAGUUGCUUGUCAGACUAUGAAUUUGAAAAAAAGCAACUUUCACUCUGUGAAUAUGUCACUGAGCUCUCAGAAACAAGUCCUUGAGGAAGAUGCUUUUACCAGGAAUGGCCACAUGUUAAAGAAUGUUUAGUCCAGGUUUGAGGAACUUGUGACUCGCUAGACUGGUUGAUUCCCCUUGGGCAGUUACUGUCAUUUAACAGGGGGCAUUACCAUAAUCCACAUUCUGCUUGAGGCAAGCUGUUUCUGAAGCUGGAAGGUGAAUAUUUUCACGCUGGCUUAAAGUGUACCCACCCUUGCAUAAUAUCCUUGUUAUUUCCAUUGGGGAGAUUUUAUUCUUUACGCUGCUGUCAUGACAAUGGAACUGUGCCACUUUUUAUGGUUAAUAAGUCUGGGAAUGUACCAGGCUUGCCCUCCUUAGGGCAUGACUUCUUCUCCCUCUCUCAUCUUUGAAGAUGGGUCCAUUUGGGGGGCUUUGAGUAUCCUCGUCCCAGUGACCCACUAUUAUUCUGGAAAAUGAAAUUUAAGCUGUUCCAAUUGCAGCUAAUUGAAAUUAAAGGCUUGCUGGUUGUUUUGCUGUGCUCAGUCUCAUGCCUGGCCUGGGAACAUUCAGAUCAAAGUAAUGUAGGGAGGCAGGACCACACAGACUAGAGAUGUCCUGUAAGGCUUGGAGGAGAGGGCUCAGAGCAGGGGUCAGCAACCUUUUUCAGCCGUGGGCCGGUCCACCGUCCCUCAGACCAUGUGGUGGGCCGGACUAUAUUUUGGGGGGGAAAUGAAUGAAUUCCUAUGCCCCACAAAUAACCCAGAGAUGCAUUUUAAAUAAAAGGGCACAUUCUAUUCAUGUAAAAACACACUGAUUCCUGGACCAUCUGCGGGCUGGACUGAGAAGGCGAUUGGGCCGCAUCCGGCCCCCGGGCCUUAGGUUGCCUACCCCUGGGCUCAGAGGAAGCAAAAUAGGUUGUAAGCAGAGAAGUUGCACAUUUUAUCCCCUGAUAUCAGUCCUGUACUGUUGUUUGAACAUGAAGACCUGUUAUUUGUUAGGGCCUGUUGAAGAAACACCAGUACGGUGCUGGCAGCAGAACAUUUUGAUUGUCUGGGGCUUAUGAGAUCAGGUGCUUGAGAUUUUUCUAGGUAUGUGUCAAGGGACCUUACGAAAGACUGUUUCCCUUGGUAAUCCGAACUCCUGGGUCAGCUUCCUAGUGACUAUGAGAGACUUCUUAGAGUUUUUGGAAUACCUGCUUUUAUAGGGUGAGAAUGUGGGACGCAAGUACCGGUAAGCAUCUAUAGUCAGUGCUAACUGACCCAAGAAGAAUCUGCAGAGCACUCAGAAAUAGUGAACUCCUAGCCAGAAACAUCCAAGCAACUUCUAGCUACCUCCCAAAUAGCGGCUAGGAAUGUUAGUGUGAAGAGCUGCACCUAUUUUUUUUCCUGAGGCGAUAAAAAUGCAAUGACUUUGAGGGAAGCAUAGCUAAACAUUUUAACUACACAGCUGUUUCUAGAUACGGUUUUUAUAGCACCGGUUGGACCACUGAGCUUCAGUGUAUACUUUUACCCAAGAAGUCUGUAUCACAGCACCUCUCUCUGUUUACUUUUCCCCCAUACACACAUAUAAACAUAACAUAUACUAAUAGCGAACGCAAGUGAUCAAGUGUUUAUCAAUUUGGAAGACAUACUGGGCCACCCAAAAACAAGAUAGUGCUUUAUGCGUUCCUUGGGACUUGAUUAAGGAUGCAGAAACUACCGCUUCAUUUUUGGGUGGCCCGGUUUUCACUUCCUAAACUGUGAUAAGCAGGAAAAUCUAAAAAUCCAAAACGAUGGCCUGGACCUGGGAGCUUCUAGGAUAUCAGGAAUGGGGUAGGGCAGCGGAGGAGCAUAUGCCUGCGCUGCCCAGGGCGGGUGUGCUCCCGAGGGGGGGGUGGCACGGAGGGUGCCCUCCCAGGCACAGGAUAGCCAUUUGGGUGCCCGGAGUGGUGCAGGUGCCCUGCAACCGGGGACGGAGCGAGCCGCCCAUGGCAGACAUUCGGUGUGCCGCCCUCCCACCUCUCCCAAGCCUCCCCAAAGCUGUCAAAACAAAGGGGGAAGGGGGAAACUGAAAUACUUUAUUGUCACUUGUACAACUUGUAUACAGUGAGAUUACACGAGCACCCCCCACUCAGCUCUCUUAGUCUUAAUUCCCCUCGUUUACUGACGCACACCCACCAAACCCAAAAGUCAGUUGCCCUGUUGUUAUCUUUUCAUUCAGCAGCCUAACAGUCCACGGAUAGAAGCUGUUCUCUACCCUGUUGGUGUGACUAAUCCUGCUUCUAUAUCUUCUGCCCGAGGGCAGGAGAUCAAGAAAGUGCCGGCCAGGGUGUGAAUCAUCCCUGAGAAUUUCCCUCACUCUCCUGAGGCAACGUUCUUCCACUAUUUCAUCCAGCGGAUUCACGGGACAGCCCAUAAUGUCUUGUGCUGUAUUCACCACCCUGUGUAGGCGCUUCCUAUCAGUUGAUGUGAAUGCCACCGGCAAAGCAGCACAUCUCCACCCCUUACCCCGACGAUUUGGGGUAGGCUUGGGAGUCGCGGGCAGGCGGUGCGCUGAAUGUCACCCCCCUCAGUGGGGGCAGUCAUGGCAGUCUUUCCCCCCUUCCUACGCCCCUGGGGUAGGGUGGGGCUCUGGAGGUGGAAGGGAAGAAGUAGAAAUUGGCCUUAGAAAUCUUAUGAGAGAGGGAGAAAAAUGUAUCUCUUAUCUACAGUGGUACCUCAGGUUACAGACACUUCAGGUUACAGACUCCGCUAACCCAGAAGUAGUACCUCGGGUUAAGAACUUUACCUCAGGAUGAGAACAGAAAUCGCGUGGUAGCACCGGGAGGCCCCAUUAGCUAAAAUGUUGCUUCAGGUUAAGAACAGUUUCAGGUUAAGAACGGACCUCCGGAACAAAUUAAGUACUUAACCCGAGGUGCCACUGUACUUUCAUCAUGCCAUGCAUAAUUUUUUAAACUUCUAUCACCUCACCUCUAACUCACCUUUUCUCUAAACUAUAAAAUCCCAAACACUGCUAUUUUUCUUCAUAGGGGAGACACUGCAUCUUGGUUGCCCUUUUCUGGUCGUUCCCCCCCCCCCAACUCCAUCUACUUCUUCCCUAACUUCUCACAUGAAACUCUGUGAUGGAGGGGUGGAGAAAGGAUAUAACCUUUGAGAAGACACCCCCCCCCCAUGUUUCACAAUGCUGCGAAUGUCUGGUCACUCAGGGCAACAGGGCUUCAGUUCCAGUAAUCCUCUAAACAUGGGCUUUAAUUCCGAAUAAACAUGUGCUUUAAUUCCAAAUAUUUUCUGGAAAGCCUGCAUGUGACCUUUGCUGAACCAAGUCCUUUGGAACGCUGCCCGUUACACAGGCUUCUUGUGGGAGUUAUGAUUCUUUCUUUUACUCAUUUAAUGCAUUUUUGUUGAGACGAAACAUCCGGCAGAGUAUUAAAAAAAAAAGGUAUACGAGGAAGAACUCCUGUCAAGUCUCUGUAAAUCCAGCUGACAUUGUUUUCAGACAAACUACUUUAUAAUCAGUUGCAGAUGAAGAGAUUUCUCCCCCUGGGAAACGCCUAACAUGAGAAGGGCGUUUUUGAUUGCCUGGACCUCCCAGGUGCCAUAACACAACUUGACAGCAACGAGGCCCUGCAUAUUAAUCCCGCUGCUUCUUAUUCGUGGCUCACAUGAUAGCUGUGCGUGCUGCAGUAGGCGGCUGUGAUUCUGGAAUGAAAACUAUGAAGGGUUCCCACGGAUUGGAUCGCUUGUAGAAUAAGCAAGCUGGGAACAGUCUCUCUGACUUCAGCCGUCAGAGGUGCUCGAUCAAAUGCGUCUUACCACUCCUCCUGGAAAUCUGCAGUGAAAGACUCCUAGAAAGAAGUUCCUAGAACUAAAUAAGAAGGUUUGCAGCACCUGCUAGUGAUUCCUAGCAACGUCCAUUCAACAUCCUAGAUGUGGCAAAUUUGCAAGCACAGAAACUUUGGUUUUGCACUGGGCUAAUUAUAGCUGCAAAACUUUGUUCAAGAUGCACAUCCUUUUCAUUAUCACGUGUUAUUGCUUGCACACUGGGCGCUAGGACUCUACUAGCUAUUCAAUAAAUUUGAUUUCUAAAUUGAUAUUGGGGAUUUUGAUAUGGUAGAAGCUUCACUUAAUAAAAUGUUUAGGUAAAGGUAAAGGGACCCCUGACCAUUAGGUCCAGUCGUGACCGACUCUGGGGUUGCAGCACUCAUCUCGCUUUAUUGGCUGAGGAAGCCGGCGUACAGCUUCCAGGUCAUGUGCCAGAAUGACUAAGCUACUUCUGGUGAACCAGAGCAGCACACGGAAACGCCGUUUACCUGCCCGCUGGAGCGGUACCUAUUUAUAUACUUGCACUUUGACAUGCUUUCGAACUGCUAGGUUGGCAGGAGCAGGGACCGAGUGUCGGGAAACCAGCCCACCAGGUGCGGAGGAAAAUUGACGAAGAGUCAUGGGUGAAGGUUUAAGCAAGGAGUGAGCUCUGUCCCCCAGCAGCCUUGCAUGUUUAUUAGCCUUGCGCACAUUACAUCAUGUUGCAUAUACACGUGUAGCACUCGGGUGGAAAACAGCUAGGGUUUGCAUUUCUUAGAAUAACUAUUCUCUACCAGGACAUAACUCCAGACAGCAUGACAGCCUUGCGGUUAGGCAGCGACAGUGACCCAGGCGUGUGGGGGGAACAAGUCAGCAGAUGUUUCCUCUUGCACAAUCUUGCACAAGGGUGCUUAUUUUUCUAUUGCACCCCCACAUGCCCUCCUUUUUUAUUAUUUAAUCAGAGUCAUAAAUUUCAUUCCGAGGCAGAAGCUCGCCAGGGUCGCACACAGCGCGCUGGUAACCAGGUAGGCCGUCCAUCCAGGUCCACUGCCGCGUAGCCGCGUCCCCAGGAGAUGAGUGGCACAGGACCAUGCCAUGUUGGAUCAGGUAGCUGUCUGUAAGAUACAAGAGGUCGAGCCAAAGGCUCUGCUUUUCGAAAAUGAAUCUCAGCCGGUGUAUAUUCCCUAUUAUGGGGAUACAAAAGAUGGUUAAGAGUGAAUAAAACAGUAUGCACGAUUGAAGGAAUCUCGGCGGAGGGGGCAUUUCGACCUCCAAGUUGUUUGGACAGCAGUGUCUUGAAGGUCAAGUGCGCCCUCUCCACAAUCGCCUGUCCUGUUGAAUUAAAAGGCAAACCAUGGAUUAAUUUCACAUUCCAUAAAUCACAAAAGGAUGAGAACUGAGAGGAAAUAUAGGCUGGGCCAUUAUCCGUUUUAAUGCUUUGUGGCUUACCCAUCACAGCAAAACAGCGCAGGGUGUGCUGAAUGACGUGACGAGCGGUCUCACCCUUCAAUGGGGUGGCCCAGAUAAAUCCAGAUGAGGUGUCCACUGUCAAGUGAACUUUUGAAAAUGGGGCGAGCAGAGGGGUGUGAGUGACAUCCAUCUGCCAAACCGCAAGAGGGGACGUACCCCUAGGGUUCACCGCAUCAAAGGGAAUCAUGGUUGGAGCCUUAGAACAGGUAGGACAUUGAGAGACAAUGUCUCGUGCCUGUGCAAUAGGGAUUUUAAACAUUUUUGCCAAAACUUUAGCAGGCUGGUGAAAGGUAGAAUGAGAGAGAAUAGGGUCAGAAAACAAGGAAAACACUUCAGAUCGCAGUGCAGCGUCUGCCACGGCAUUUCCCUGAGCCAAAAACCCUGGGUGAUUGGUGUGGGAACGAAGGUGUGCAACAUAAAAAGGAUGACGGCGUUCUUGAAUAAGAUACUGCAAGGUAGAAAAAAGAACAAACAAAUCAGCAUCUAACGCAGGCGUGAUAUAAGAAACAGGCAGGGAAGACAGAAGGCGAUACACAUAUUGUGUAUCAACAAGCAAAUUAAAAGGUUUGUCAGGAAAGAGUUGAAAGGCAAGGAUUACAGCAGCAAGUUCAGCCCGCUGGGCGGACCUCUGUUGCUCAGUAAAUUCAGUUUUCCAUUUUCCACCCUCCUCCCAUGCCACCACCCCCCGCGUUUUUGACCCAUCAGUGAAAAGGGUAAGGGCAGAGGGGAUGGGGGUCGGAGAAAGAGCAUUUUUUAAAGUAUAGACAGUUUGAGAAAGGAAAGCCAAGCGUGGAUCAGAGGGGGGAUUAUGCGUGAUGGUUCCCAAAAAUCCACAAGUGCUACUUGAGUAGCCACGGAGGUGGAAAUCAGGUGUUGUGUUUCUGUGAGUGAAAAGGCAAGUAAAUUUUUCAACGUCCAGUCCAGAGAGGGCUUUUGCUCGAGCGCGCCUUUAAUUACCAAAUCCAUUACAGCCGCUGGAGAGGAAUAAAUGUUACGCGGUGGAGUAUGCGGAAGGUGGAUCCAUUCCACAAUGUUGACACCCGAGGGGGCAGCCGAUUUCUGUGAGUAGAGAAUGGCUGUAGGCAGCAAAGGUGUGGAAAAAAUUGCCAAGGAUAACUGCACAUUGUGCAGAGUGUCUAUGCGAUCCACCAUUCGGUCUCUUAAUAAAGCAUUAACCUGUUGUAAGGCUUGUAGCAUUUCUUCUGUAACUGGGAUGACUUCUCCGGGUAGUUUGUGUCCUUGUAAGGCAGAAAACAAUGGUGACAAGGUGCUAGUAGGCAGAUUAAGGUAAUUCUUUAUCCAAUUCAGGUGUCCCAAGAGUUGUUGAAGGUCAACCAGCCGUAGGCAGGCAGGAAAAGACAAUUGGGGAACAACCGGAAUGGCAGCUUGUUGUGUCAAUUUAUGUCCAAGAUAUAACAUAGGCAAAGUUUGCUGAACCUUAUCUGGGGCAAUACACAGUCCAAAAUCUGUCAGGGCAGAUGUAAGGUCUCUUAAUAAUUCCACUGAUAUGUGCUUCGCAGCCACAAGGAUAUCAAUUGGGUGGAGGCUUUGACAGGCUGGUGCUUCUCCCCAACACCCAAAACCUGCGCAGCUGCCUUUGUGGGCCAUUCGGGAGGCCAGUCUUGUUUAGCAAUCACAGUAACAUCUGCCCCUGUAUCCAGAACCCCCUCUACCUCACGUCCACCCAGUGUCAUUUUUAAUGUAGGGCGCUGAGCUGUGAGAGGCAUUGCAGCAGCAAUUAAGGGGGUAUCUGUAGGAGUUGUGGCAUCCGCAGGGAGCAGUAUGACUUUAGCCACUGGCGUGCCAGAUGAAAGACCUAAGAGGGGGGCUGCUUGUUUAAUUGCAGUCCCCAGUGGCGUCGGCGGAGGCUGAUAAUCUGGUGGUCGUGGCGGAGUAAAAGGUGGUGGUUGAAGCGGUGCAGCCGGAUAUAUGAAAGGCAUAUUCAGGACUGUUUCUUGUUGUGGUUGCAACGAAGCCAAGAGGAUGUUUUUGGGCGUAAGAGUUGCCAUGCAGCCACGGACUUUAGCCCAGGCACUGAGGACGUGAAGAUUUAUGCGGCCAUGGCCAUGAAAGUGGUCGCCAAUUUUGUUCCAUGCUGGAAUUUCCCAUGUCCCGUCCUCAGGGAACCAUGGACAAUGUUCAUCUAUUGCCAGAAUCAAUGCAAUUAGAUCACCUUCAGGUACUUGCUGUUUAUUUUCCCGAAGGAGGUGCUGCAUGUCUUUUAAAAAUUGUUUCUGAGGGUUGGAGAGCGCAGAACCCAUGAUAAAAAUAGAAAAAUAGCUACUCACCGGGGAUCCGAAGAUGAUAAGGCGCCUUGAGCCACAGCCUGGCGGGUGAGUAGCAGGGAGGACCGUCUUUGACAGCACGCGUCCUGGAAGCCGUUCAGGCAAUCACACGAGGCACCAUUUGUCGGGGAACCAGCCCACCAGGUGCGGAGGAAAAUUGACGAAGAGUCAUGGGUGAAGGUUUAAGCAAGGAGUGAGCUCUGUCCCCCAGCAGCCUUGCAUGUUUAUUAGCCUUGCGCACAUUACAUCAUGUUGCAUAUACACGUGUAGCACUCGGGUGGAAAACAGCUAGGGUUUGCAUUUCUUAGAAUAACUAUUCUCUACCAGGACAUAACUCCAGACAGCAUGACAGCCGUGCGGUUAGGCAGCGACAGUGACCCAGGCGUGUGGGGGGAACAAGUCAGCAGAUGUUUCCUCUUGCACAAUCUUGCACAAGGGUGCUUAUUUUUCUAUUGCACCCCCACAACCGAGCAAUGGGCGCUCACCCCGUCGCAAGGAUUCGAACCGCCGACCUUCUGAUUGGCAAGUCCUAGGCUCUGUGGUUUAACCCACAGCACCACCCGUGUCCCACAAUAAAAUGUUUAGAAUGUGCAAAUUGCCACCGUUUCAAAAAACCUAAUCGGCACAAUUGAUUCUCUUGACUACUGUGUCUUUCAAUGACUUUCCUCCUUUUUCUACUGUUCCCUUCCUGAAUUAAUCACAUGGGAAAACUCACCUGGUGGCGGACUUAUCACAUUUGCUAUUACUGAACUCUGUUGUGAGGAAAAUUUAAACAAGCUAAUUUUUUUGCAAUGAGCAACAAAAAUCCUCCAAAGUGGAAGACAGUUUUUGACCAUAAAGACAUUUAAAGAAAACAACCAAGAAAAUAAUUUUGGAUCAGUCUUUCACAACUAGCUUUCAAUUCGUGAAGAUUCCAAAUUUAUUUGCAUAUGUCUUCCCACUGAGAUUUACAACCUGGGACUAAUUUUAAACAAUAAUGAAGGGAACAAUGGGAGAAGGAAGAACACAGGGCAGUUGUGUGCUCUUUUGUCUUGGCAUUAAGGGAACCAUUAAAAGAGAAAGUGGAUAUUUGGUGGGCUGUUUCAGCCUCUGGAAGCAGAAACGGUAGAUGCUGAAUAUUAUCUGGGGUAGCUGUUAGCAUCAGAGUUGAAAAGAGGGAAAUUAAUGAGUUUUAAAACAGUGCAGUUGGUAUGACCGUAGGAUUGCAAUGGGGACCAGAGUUGGCUGAGCAUUUGCUUGCUGGUAUUGACCUGUUUCAGGUGGCAUUGUCCCAAAUGGAAGCUGUGUUUGAGAGAAUUGUGGUGCUGUGGGUUAAACCACAGAGCCUAGGACUUGCUGAUCAGAAGGUCGGCGGUUCGAAUCCCCGCAAUGGGGUGAGCUCCCAUUGCUUGGUCCCUGCUCCUGCCAACCUAGCAGUUCGAAAGCACCUCAAAGUGCAAGUAGAUAAAUAGGUACCGCUCUGGCAGGAAGGUAAACGGCAUUUCCGUGCGCUGCUCUGGUUCGCCAGAAGCGGCUUAGUCAUGCUGGCCACAUGACCCGGAAGCUGUACGCCGGCUCCCUCAGCCAAUAAAGCGAGAUGAGUGCCGCAACCCAGAGUCGGCCACGACUGGACCCAAAGGUCAGGAGUCCCUUUUACCUUACUAAAAGACAGACUAUAGCUCUCCUAGACGGUGCAAUCCAGAUGAAGAAACAUUGACGUGAGAUGCUAACUUGUCAGACACAGGCAGCCAGACUUACAAGCCAGAUGUCAGAGGAGCCAAUGAGUUUCUGUCUGCGUUUCUUGUGUCCUGCAAGGGAGUGGUCCGCGUCUGUAGAACAGUGCAGCCUUUCAAAAGUUGUGACACUGCGUACAACAGGAUGCAAGUGUGCCACUGACAUCCUGCAGUGUAUGAAACUGUUCCAUAGAAACACAAACUAUAAUUGGCAUUUCCUGUCCCAUGGAGAUGACAACAUUGCUUUUUAAUGCAUGGGAUGAUGGGCCCACACGUAAUGGUGUUUGCAUUGUUAAAAAACAAUUUUAAAGUAUCCAGCCUUCAUUACACACUGUUCAUUUUGGCCAGGGCCGGAUUUAGGUUUGAUGAGGCCCUAAGCUACUGAAGGUAAUGGGGCCCUAAAAGUCUGGAACGGAUUAAUCCAUUUUGCGUUGCUUUCUAUGGGAAAGUGCACCUCGGUUUUGGAACGCUUUGGUUUUGGAACAGACUUGCAGAGCAGAUUAAGUUUGAGACCCAAGGUACCACUGUAUAUAGAAAUGAGCAAACCAGUGAUAUUUUAGGGAGCAGGCUAGCAGGCGGGGCCCAUUACUUACAUCAUAGGAGCCUACACAACACAAAACACUGUUGCUGUAUGUAGCUUUUAUUUUGUUUUUUAUCAUAUUUUGGAAAUGUACAUUCAGGUUUUUUCCCUUUAAAUUUUUUUGGGGGCCCCAAAAGAGUGGGGCCCUAAGCUAUAGCUUGUUUAGCUUAUACGUAAAUCCAGCACUGAUUUUUGCUGCCGUUCAUAUGUUGCCUUCUCCAAAGUCUGUAUAUUUAAUUGCAAUUCUGUAGAAAGGAAUGCUAAUCUAUACAUCCCAUGUUGCCCAAGGCAGUGCAGGAACUGACUAAGGGGUUCCCCUCUAUUAAUUAUUUUACCAAUAACAUAGAAAAUAGAAAAACAUAAACAGACUUUUGUCAGGCUCAAACUUUUAGCUCACAACAUCUUCAUGGGCUACCUGUUUGUGUCUUGGCUCAUGCUAGCAUUGGCCUUCAUAGCUGCAGGCCCAGUUUAGCAGACUAUCACACUGAUAUUUGUCCAUCGUCGUCAUCAGCAGUAUCAGCAGCAAAAAAAUUUAGCUCCAAGUAUGUGUUGCAUGAAGAUCAAUGGCUGAAUUGUUGAUUACAGGAUGGUUAGAAAGAACACACGAAAUUGGGGUGGGGGUGAAGGGAGGGAGAGAAGAUUCAGUGUUCAUUGUGCAAAAGCCACUUAUUUCCAUUGCAGAAUCAUGAGAAUUUCUGUGUUUCCCAGACUUGUGAUUGCAUAUUUGUAUUUCCCAGAGGGUCCCUUCAGGUCUAAAUUCCUUUCUGCCAUGGGAAGGCUGUCCAGUGGAUCGUGGGCUUUCCUUGUGAUCAUACAAGGCAACAGAGAUAAAUGUCUUGUUACCAAAGUUGGGUGCCUCCCCCUCUCUCUGCCGAGCGGGGGCAAGAGCCCGUGGGGUUCCAGGCACUUACCCAGGGGGUGUGUUCCUUUGGAUAAUCGAGACACAGUGGGGGACCAUUGUAGCUUUAAGAAAUAUGGUUUAUUCACCUAUUGACACCUUCAGUCUGCAUAGAGGGAGUCCAGAUCUUACAGCAUGGUCAUCUCAAGUGGGGCUUGUUCCCCCACAGCAGUACAGCACUGGAGUCCAAGGCAUCUCUCCCAGCCAGCCUUCAGCCAGCCUGCCCAAGAUGGAUCCCAGUCCUCCUUCCUUCUUCUUCUUCUUCCCAGCAACCCUUGCUCAAAACUCUCUUUUCCUGUCACCUCACACCCAGUUACCCUGGCAGCCUUCCCAAUCCCCAGUCUCUGUUCACACCUGAGGACAAGAGGGGAAUUCAAUUCUCUUGCUUUACCAAUGGCCCUGUUUUGUUUCUUAAUAUUUAAAUAUUAAAUUUUAAUAUUUAAUGCUGUACUGUUUUUAACACUUGAUUGGGAGCUGCCCAGAGUGGCUGGGGAAACUCAGCCAGAUGGGCAGGGUAUAAAUAAUAAAUUAUUAUUAUUAUUAUUAUUAUUAUUAUUAAUGGCACUAGCUUGGCCAGGUCGUGUGUUGUUUUUUGCAUAGGCUAGCCCAGGAACUCCUCUGCAGCUUGUAUCUCUCCCUUCACGUUCCAAAUCAUCAAUAUUCUACCAUUUAUUAAUUCCUAGGGUUUAGGACAGGCAUGGCGAAACUUGGCCCUCCAGCUGUUCUGGGACUACAAUUCCCAUCAUCCUUGUUAGCUAGGGAUGAUGGGAGUUGUAGUUCCAAAACAGCUGGAGGGCCAAGUUUGGCCAUGCCUGGUUUAGGAGGUCUGCACACACACACACACACACACACACACCCCACAAAUGUAUAACAAUACCUUUCACUCAGCUGUUCAGCCCUGGGCUGUCUUGACAUCAUGGUUUUGGGAUGCCUUGGAUUGGCAGCUCUUCCUCGCGAAGAUUGCUGUAGCUGACUUGAGUCCGAAGGUCUGUCUCUUCCCAUGGCACUUACGGCCCCCCAGGGACUCACUUCCUCUCCAACGCCGAAGCAGAUCCGAGGGAAAUAGAACAAAGGGUCACAACCCAGCCAACUCUGCCUAGCCAAAGAAAGAAGCUCGCAAUUCUAGCCUGCGAUCUAAAAUCCAGCAGGGCCUCUCAUGCUAAAUAAAACUUUGGAGCGCUGCGAAAAGCUUCCACCACCACCCCUUUCCUUCUCCUAGGACUCAGUUACAUUUUUCACUCGAAAUCCAUGGGCAAUGUUCAUCCAUUAGGAGUAACACCGUAGCUUAGGAGGGAGAAAUAAUCUCCCUUACCCCAGGGGGAGACCUUAAAAGCUAAGUAAUUGUUUUUUAGGGAGAUAUUGCCAUUUAUUUAUUUAUUUUUCAAAUUUUUUUUAUUGAUUUUCCAAAAUUUAUAAACAAACUAACUAACAUAAAUCCUAACUGUACAUAAUCCAAUCUUAGUAACAUUGUUAAGUGACUUCCUCGAAUCCCUCUGGCUGAGUUUCAAUGUAUAUCAUUAUAAUAGUUUUCCAAAACAGAUUUUUCAUAAAAUUAACUUACCGUAUUUUUUGCUCUAUAAGACUCACUUUUUCCCUCCUAAAAAGUAAGGGGAAAUGUGUGUGCGUCUUAUGGAGCGAGUGCAGGCUGCGCAGCUAUCCCAGAAGCCAGAACAGCAAGAGGGAUUGCUGCUUUCACUUUGCAGCGAUCCCUCUUGCUGUUCUGGCUUCUGGGAUUCAGAAUAUUUUUUUCUUGUUUUCCUCCUCCAAAAACUAGGUGCGUCUUAUAGAGCAGAAAAUAUGGUAACCACUUAACAUCUUUCUUUCUUUUAAUUUUAACUUUAAACUUUAAACCAUUUCAUUUUAACUUUAAACAUAUUAUUCUGUAACAUCACAUAUUUAAACCCUAAGCCUAUCUGGUAUUUGCAAGUAUUUCUAUUUAAAUUGUCUUAGCAUAUUUAGCUAAAUAGUCUUUGAAUUUCAUAUAAUUUUUAUUUAUUUAUUUAUUUAUUUGGGGGGAAGGGAAAGCAACUUCUAUGUCUUGUUGACAUUUCUGGAAGCCACCGGAGGCCGUUCCCUUGUACAAAGAGUGAUCGUGCAGAGGCAAGACUGUACUGCUGAUUACAUCAGUGACGCAGCGGUGCUCGCAAACAGGAAACAGCUGUCCCUCUUUGCUCUCCCAUCUCUGCUGUUUGGAUGAGGUUGACCCUUGAAGCUGGACAAGCAAUAGUUCCUUCAAGAAGCUGGAUACUGUCCGGCCAACCCAUGGCAAUUAGCCACCUGAGAGAGGGUUGGACUAGAUCAGCCUUUCUCAACCUGUGGGUAACCAGAUGUUGUUGAACUACAACUCCCAUCACCCCUAGCUAGCAAGGCCAGAGCUCGGGGAUGAUGGGAGUUAUAGUCCAACAACAUCUAGGGACCCACAGUUUGAGAACCGCUGGACUAGAUGAUCCUCUUGGUCCCUUCCAGCUCUGCUACUCUAUGACUCUGGUGCUCCUCUUAAUUUUGGUCUAUGCAAAGGACCUCCUCCUCUACCUUCUCCCCCCCUCCCCUCUUUGCCUAGAUGUGUGUGCCUUAUUUUUAUUGUAAGCCAGUGGGCCCCUCCAGAUAUCCAUUUUCUUGUGCAUUCUGGGCUGAUGGUUCUUUUCUGAUCCCACAUUCAAUACUGUUUACACUUGCAAAGGUUUUGGGGUUGUCCUACUGCUUCAUUUCCUGCCGCUCCCUGCUGAAAUCCUAUAGCUUUUUAAAAAAUUAUUAUUAAAGAUCUUCUUGAGUUACAGAAGUAUGUGUAAUGUCUCUCGUAUUUUUUCCAUGUAACAUUUUUACAAAUCUGUUUCAUUUGUUGAGACAUUAGGGGGAGAAAAAAAAGGGGUGGGGGGGUCAGGUGGCGAUGUUUCUAUUAUGCUUAAUGUAUGUAGGGUUUGGUGUCAGCGUUACUUGUGCUGGUUCUCUACUGUUCACUUGUGUUCCUUUGGUGGUGAGAGAGGUUGGGGUUGGCCUAUGGUGUGGUUGUUUGUUUGUAAUUGGCUGUGGUGAUCUUUGUUUUCAUGUGUGAGUGGGGUGGGUGGGAGCUUCCUGCAGCCAAUCAGAAGCUGCUUUUUGGUUUCCAGCGUUUUGGAAGCUGAAUGGACUUCUGGAACGGAUUCCGUUCAACUUCCAAGGUACGGCUGUACUUCAUCCUAUUAAUUCCUGCCUGCGUUGCCUGACUCUCUGACUUCCUCUUGUUUCAAGGACCAUCCAUUGUGACACCCCCAAAAGACGUCUGGAAUGUGACUGGGGCCCAGAUUUUCCUGAGCUGUGAGGUCAUUGGCAUCCCAACCCCAGUGCUUACUUGGAACAAGGUCAGUGACGUUUGAUGUUAAUUUUGGAAAUGAUCCGCUGAAAUCAAUGCAGUGCUUCACCAGAGCACUGCCAAGUUCUCCCAAGAUCUGCAGAAGAGCACCACCAAUAUGUCCUGCCCCCAGCUCCCAUUGAUUCAUUCCAUUGGGUGCCGUUGCAUGGAAAGCCCUGGUGGAUUGUGUCCUCUGCAAGAGCACUUUGUGUGCUAACCUUGACAGGUAAUUUUGACACAUGGAGGGAUACAGGAGGAGGACAGGGGAAUUUAGACAAUUGGAAAGGUAUUGUUUUGAGCAAUUAACCACUGAGAAAGGUGACCAUAAAGGCAUUCCAGAUGCAUAAACAGAAGGGAUUAGGAUGGAACAUGACAAAACAAGAAUGAGGCUUGGAGGAGAGGAAAUCUAAACGCGUUGCCAAGUCAAACACUCCCUCGGAGCUCUGCAAGCAUAAUUGAGAUUACUGAAAGGGGAGCGCUUUUUUUAUUUGUACUUUGCUAUAAUGAAAACUGAUAAAAAUAUUUGAGGGGGAGGUUUUUUAACAACAGUUACUUGCAAAAACAAAGCUACCGACUCUGUGACCAAAAGAGAUUGUGCUGUUUGUGGAUAAGUAGAAAAGAUCCCCCCGCCCCCCGUGCCUUGCUUUCCAGCGCCUUUUCUGGGUUUCGUUCCUGUUUAUCCUUCUAAAACCAGCUCUGUUGCACUUUACCAUAUUAGGGCCUCUGUAGGGAAGAGGCACAAGUAUUAAGGAAUGCCUCCUUCUGAGCUCAAGCAUAUUCUGAGCGCUUUGGAAACACGGAGAUACAUUGCAAGUGCUCUCGCAAUCUUCUGCCCAUGCUGCGGUCUGCAGCCAUGCGGGUGUUAGAGAGGAAGACAGGAGAGCUCAAACUAGAUAACAAAAGCGUUCUUGGUUUCUUUGAGGUGGCUAAGAGUCUGCACGUUGUGUUUGGAGGCUCUCGGUUCCCAAUUCCUAUCCAACCUCCCAGGUUUCUGAGAUAUCUUUAGGCAUGAUUAGGGAUUCUGUCCCUUUGGGAUGGGGCAGCAGCAGUAGCCCUUGAAGAACCAGGUUUACACCCUGGGAACUUGCUGGGGUCCAGCUGUGCUCCUGAAUGCUCAGGUCAUCUCCAUGGCCAGGAGUGCUUUUGCCUAGUAGCUGCACCCCGUUCAUCAUGGCUCCUAGCCACGGGUGGGAAUCAACUACCGUAUUUUUCGCUCUAUAAGACGCACCAGACCACAAGACGCACCUAGUUUUUGCAGGAGGAAAACAAGAAAAAAAAUAUUCUGAAUCUCAGAAGCCAGAACAGCAAGAGGGAUCGCUGCGCAGCGAAAGCAGCAAUCCCUAUUGCUGUUCUGGCUUCUGAGAUAGCUGCGCAGCCUGCAUUCGCUCCAUACGUUUCCCCUUACUUUUUAGGAGGGAAAAAAUUGAGUCUUAUAGAGCAAAAAAUAUGGUAACUGGUCCUGCCAGCAGAAGCCCCUCACAAGAUCUUCCACUUGCACAAUGGGCCUCCCUGCCGAAAUUGGGGGUCAAGUGCACCCCUGGAACAGCGCACAGAGGAGGAGAGGGAGGGAUUUUUCCAUUUGGCAAGGCGAUAUGCAUGGCCUGGCAGAGCAGUGGCCUUAAUUGCAAUGCUGAAUUCUUCCCAUAGAAUUAUAUUUCCUCCAAAUGCUUAAAACUUCCAACUAUCUUAAACUCUGGGAAAUUAAGGUAUUGGGACAAUCCAGAGGCAAUUGGAGCGGGGGAACUUUAACACUAAGACUUUCCCCUCAUCUGCCAGAUAAUAAAAGGCCAAUAUGGCGUCCAAAGAAUGGAGCUUCUUCCAGGAGAUCGGGACAACUUAGCCAUCCAGACUCGUGGUGGUCCUGAGAAACAUGAAGUGACUGGUUGGGUAUUGGUAAGUUCCUGUUCUCAUUUCAGUUGAAAUAAUCAGAGUGGGUUGUAUCCAUCGUUAGUCCCCCACUUACAUUACUAGACAUGACUAACUUAGGUCCAUUAAUUUUAAGGGGGUCUCCCUGUGAUUAUUACUAGCAUUUUAACAGAGUGGCAGCGUCUUUCAGGGAAGAAAGAGGCAGUUCAGACUGAGGGCUGGGACAGAUCGUGGCACCUUGGGGCUGUGUCUAGUGAGUGGGUGAGUUUGUGCCUUUCUAGGCCUGCUAAAAGUCCACGUGACCAUGGAACAUUCGCCUCCUUGCUUGUAGCACAGGGGUUGCUAAUCUGGGGCCAUCCAACAGUUAUUUUACUCCGGUCAUCAAAAGAGACAGGGGAGUUGUAGUCCAGCAACAUAUAGGAAGCCACAGGUUCGCCACCCCCAGAUACAGUGGUACCUUGGUUGUCAAACAGCUUGGCUCCUGAACAAAUUGGCUUCCAAAUGCUACAAACCCGGAAGUAAGUAUUCCGGUUUGUGAAUGUUUCUUGGAAGCCGAACUUCUGACGCGGCUUCCAAUUUGAAUGCUGGAAGCUCCUGUAGCCAAUCUGAAGCCAUGCCUUGGUUUUCAAACGGUUCUGGGAGUUGAAAGGACUCCCAGAAUGGAUUAAGUUUGACAGCCAAGUACCAUUGUAUAACAAACCUCUGACUUUUGAACAUACAAGGGCAGGUUCCCACUGCUCCAUCCGCCUUUGCCUCUGGCCCUCACCUACCACAAGGGAGCAGAGCUCUCUGGCUGAAAAAGGUUCUGAACAUCUGGUAUACAGCAUGAAUGUGAACCUUGGAAGAUACAUUUUCUAGUUAUCUCCCACUUAGACUAUAGCAAUGCGCUCUAUGUGGGGCUACCUUUGAAGGUGACUCGGAAAUUGCAACUAAUCCAGAAUGUGGCAGCUAGAUCGGUGACUGGGAGCGGCCGCAGGCGCCAUAUAACACUGGUUCUAAAAGAUCUACAUUUGCUCCCAGUACAUUUCCAAGAACAAUUCAAAGUCUUGGUUUUGACCUUUAAAGCCCUAAACGGCUUUGGCUCAGUAUACCUGAAGAAGCGUCUCCACCUCCAUUGUUCAGCCUGGACACUGAGGUCUUCCUCCAGGGGUUUUCUGACAGUUCCCUCACUGCAAGAAGGGAGGUUACAGGGAACCAGGCAAAGGGCCUUCUCUGUAGUGGCACCCGCCCUGUGGAACGCCCUCCCAUCAGAUGUCAAGGAAAUAAAGAACACAAAACUUUUAGAAGACGCCCGAAGGCAGUCCUCUUCAGGGAGGUUUUUAUUGUGUGAUGUUGUGCUGUGUUUUUACCGUUUUGUGGUGUGUUUUUUUGCUGGGAGCUGUCCAGAGUGGCUGGGGCAACCCAGAGGGGAAUAAUAAUAAUAAUAAUAAUAAUAAUAAUAAUAAUUUUGAGUGGAGCUUGGCCUCUGACAUCUUGCUCAACUUCAUUCAAAUGGAGAAACCACUUGAGUUUUUUACGAUUGAACGGCAUAAAAUUUGUUAAAUAAGAUGAAUAAAGUGUAAGUGUGUGCGUGUGUGAGAGAUAUUUCAGAUGAGGCCUAACUGGGUGUAUUUCCCUUCCUAGGUGGGUCUGACAACUUUUAGGUUAGGAGCAGGGUGUUCCUUUGUAUGGUGGCACUAUUGGAAUUUACUUCACUGAGAGACCCAUUAAGCCAGCUCUGCUAGGGGCUUUCAGAAGGUAGAACUUGCCAUUUAUUUGGGAUGCCUGCUGUUCCAAGUAAAUAAUUUGCUGCUGAUUACAGAUUCAAUGUGCAUUAUAUACUGUGAUUGCAUUAAAAGCCUGGAGAGCAGAAAGCUGGGUCACAAGUUAUGGCUUGGAUCCAAAGAACAAUAGGCACGCAUCCACUGAGACUCACACACCCCUCCAUGCUUUCUUGCCAAAGCUGUGUGAGAGUCAGGAUGGUGCGGUACGCUUGGUGGGGUGGGGGUGGGUGGGAGAAUCACCCUUGCACAAGGAGAAAUACCCAGCAUGCCCCCAUGGGGAACUUUUGGAUCCAGACCAUAAAAAAUAAAUUUGAGAACACACGUUUUCCAUCUAGAGAUGAACAGCCUUCAGAACAAUUUCCAGGGUCUUGCUAGACAUCUUUUUAAGAAAGAUAGGAGACAAAUGCAGAUCCCCUCAUUUUAAAACAUUCCCAUGCCCACAAUUGCUCGUUAUUUACUUGUGUGUGUGUGAGAGAGAGAGGGAUAGAUAUAUUCAUAUCCAAACGCUUUCCACUACAGUGGUACCUCGGGUUAAGAACUUAAUUCAUUCUGGAGGUCCGUUCUUAACCUGAAACUGUUCUUAACCUGAGGUACCGCUUUAGCUAAUGGGGCCUCCCGCUGCCGCCGCUGCGUGAUUUCUGUUCUCAUCCUGAAGCCAAGUUCUUAACCUGAGGUACUAUUUCUGGGUUAGCGGAGUCUGUAACCUGAAGCAUCUGUAACCCGAGGUACAACUGUAAUUGCAACAAAAACUGAAGUUGUUCCAGUUGUUCAUCUGGAAAACUGUCUUGCAGUGGAUUUGGGGCUCGGGUUAACCAAGUUUCCAGGAUGCAGCCAAUUAUCAUGGUUCUGUUUCAACAGAUAUCCCCUUUGAGCAAGGAUGAUGCUGGAGAAUACGAGUGCCAUGCACUGAACUCCAAAGGAGAGGCAACAGCUUCUUCAAGAAUUACUGUGGUUAAUUCUUUACAGGAAAUACCCACAAAAAAAGGUAGGGAGUUUUUUUUGUGUGUGUGAGAGAGCGCACUUUACUGCAUUGGGGCCAAUAUGAAAAGUCAACAUGUGACUGGAUAUAAAAAAAUGUGAGCUUGUUGACUUUAGUAGCAUAUCGUGUAGUCAUGUUUUAACAUUUCCUACAAGAAUUCAGAAAUCUGACUCGAGUUUCAAUGGGUGUUCUUAAAUGUCAAGACAACUGAAAAUAAGGUGUGUUUUUAAAUUGACACCAUGCAAAGUCAUCAAGAAGGUGAAACAGGCUCCCACUCAUGUCUGGAGCUGUUUCUUUUCUUUCCUGGCCAGCUUAGCAAAGCAAGAGGAUGGAUUCAUAGUUCCCACUUGCCUUGGUGAUUAUAGUCCUGCAGGACAUUGUAAAAGGAGCUGGCAAGAGCCUGGAAUGGAGACGCAUGCUUGAGCAUUGGCUAUCACAACAUUCAGUAUUGCUUGCAAAUGGGUCCCAGGUCAGGACAAGAAAUCAUGCUUUUGUAUAUGCAGCCUCAAGUCCCUGUUAUUAUUAGGGAGCUUUUACAGAUAUUUCUUAAAGCAAUAUGUUUUGGGGUUUUUGUUGUGUGUUUUUUGCUUAAAGGGAAUUCAGAGUUUCUCAGUUCUCUCACAUGCAUUUCAAAGAAAACAUAACCCUACUGCAUUUAUUUAUUUGCAGGAGACAGUGCUGAAUUGUGAGAUCUGAAGAUUCUAUAUUGCACAUGAAGAAGUAGAGGCUAUCUCAUCCAUGCCAGGUUUAUGUUAAUCUCCCGGAAAACUGCUGUGUUUAUUUCCCUUUCAUGCCAUCUCUACAGUUAUUCAUCCCUUGUAUAAUUUUUGCUAAAGUAUCAAUAAAAUAUUUUACAAUGG